AUGGAAAGUCUAGAGUCGAAACUCUUUGGGCGAGAAGAUAUCAUCGAAAAAUACAGAAAAUCGUUGCAGGUGCUACGUAAAACCACCAACUCGAAAGACCGUACCAUCGACAUGCAAGGCGAUAUGAUCAAGGAGCUGAAGGCACAUCUCAAGGAGCAAAAUAGUACCGUUUAUCAGCAACGUGAGACUAUCAAUGAGCGAGACGACAUGAUUGAGGACCUGAAGGCAGAACUCGAGCAACGAAAUGAUACCGUCAAUAAGCUGCGUGUGACUAUCGACGAGAAAGAUGAUGACAUGAGUGAGCGUGACGACAUGAUUGAGGAGCUGAAGGCACAACUCGAGGAACGAGAUGAUACCAUCAACGAGCGAGACGAUAUGAUCGAGGAGCUGAAGGCAGAACUCAAUCAGACAAAUAAAGGUUGGGAAUGGGCCAUGAAUGAGCUCGACAAAGAAGUCCGAGUCCGAAAGGGCACCAUCAAUCAGUAG